CCACUUCUUGGCCCCUCGACACGAAUCUACCUGUCAUAUAACAACAUGUUAUUCGACACAAACGCCGCCCAGCACCUCAAGCCCUGGCUCGUCCGCACUCUCGAACCAAUAUGCGACGCUGAGCCUGGCGCACUCGCAGAAUACAUUCUCGCAUUGCUCAAGCACAACGCCCCAGAGAGCGAGAUGCGCAAAGAGCUGACCGUGCAACUCGAAGAAUUCCUCGAGAAAGAGUGCGCCCCAUUCAUCAACACGCUCUUCACCGUCCUCCGCACCAAGUCCUACCUCCCCUACACCGCCGCCGACCCUCCCCCGUCCUCGCUUGGCUUCCCCUCGGGCUCAGCCCCAGCCGCUGGCUCCUCCGAGGGCGGCAUUCCCAUACCUAUCGACGUCCUCAUCCCCGGCUCGUCCACGUCCCCCGAUUCGCGGGGACGGAAACGCAGCCUUGAGCCGGACCCUAAUGCCGAUGGCCGGAUACCGAAAGGCCCGCGCAUGAGCGAGGGGCAGUACUCACGCCAUCAAAACGGACGAAGCGGUCAGUGGAGUGGUCAUAAUGGGCAGAAUGGAAUGGGUAUGGAUAAUGGUAUGGGUAUGGGUAUGGGUGUGGGUGCGGGCAUGGGCAUGGGUAUGGGUAUGGGUAUGAACGGUCGGGGACCACAGCAGGGGUACCAGCCUCCAGACCGCAGGAAGGGCCUUUGCCGGGACUAUCACAGUAAGGGAUACUGCUCUCGCGGUGCGAUGUGCAAGUACAGUCACGGCGACGAGGCUAUGAUGCUCUCCCAGAUGCAGCAGCAGAUGUUCCAGAUUGGCCUCCCCUUCCUCCCCUUUAUGCCCAACGGCGGCAUGCCGUUCAUGCCAGGCGCCCAGUACGACCCGCGCGAGGCUCAGAUGGACAUACGCCCUGUUGCCGGUCGCCAGCGGGCACCGCUCGCGCCGCGAGGAGAAGACGGCGUUCCGCAAGGCGCGGGUGAGCUGCCCGUUAUCCAGGAUCUCACGCCUCAACAAAACGACCAGCAGCAUGGACAGCGUCAGAAUGGGAACACUGCGCCCAAUGUUGACGGGCAAGUGCAGCCGCCACCAGCGAGUGGCCCCAUGGAUGUCGAACCCGCCGCCAUGGGCACAGCCAUGGGUAUGGGUCCGCAGGGCAUGAUGGGGAUGAACACGGGUAUGGCUCCGCCAGGCCAGCAUCACCACCCACAGCAGCUAGGAGGCCAUACCCGUGGCGGCUCGCGAGGCGGGCGCGGCGUGUUCAAUGGCGACGCGCAAAGCUUCCGCCCCGGCAAGCGCGUGGGCGACAAGACGCUCGUGGUCGAGAAGAUUCCCGAGGAGAAGCUGGCGCUCGAGAGCGUCAACGACUGGUUCAAGCGCUUCGGGACGGUCACGAACGUCGCCAUCGACGCGCGCAGCGCCAAGGCGCUCGUCAGCUUCGCGGAGCACGACCAGGCGCACGCGGCGUGGAAGAGCGAGGACGCGGUGUUUGGGAAUCGGUUCGUCAAGGUGUUUUGGCACAGGCCGAUGGAGGGGCACGGGGAGGUGGGCAGGAAGGCGCUCGCGGCGUCCGCGACGGCUGUUGCGGGUCUGGGCAAAGAGGUGCCGAAGCCGACGCCAGCGCCGACCCCGAAGCCUGUCGAUGGGCAGCCGAAGCGGCCGGUGGCUGCUUCGCAGGCGUCGCAGGAGCUUGCCGCUAAGCAGAAGCUCCUCGAGGGCCAGAUUGAGGAACAGAAGAAGCUCAUGGCUGAGCUGGCUACGGCGUCUGCGGACGAGAAGAAGACUAUCAUGGCGCGCCUGCGCAAGUUGGGAGAGGAGAUGACGGCGCCGUCGUCGUCGUCGAAGCCUUCGACCCCGACGCCGGAAAGCGGAGAUGCUAUCAUGUCGUCAGUGUCUCAAGAGGAGCGCAGCAAACGCGAGCAGCUGGAUAAAGAGCUGGAGAUGCACGGUGCGGGCGAGUCCACCGAGGACCUCAAGGCGACUCUGGCCAAGCUCAAGGAGGAGGCUGCCAGUCUUGGGAUUGCCGAGCAGGGUGAAGCGCCUCCUGCCCCGUGGCGAGGACGCGGACGCGGGCGCGCUCGUGGCCGGGCACCCUUCUAUAGGGGCGCUGCCUGGAGCGGUCCGCCCCGCGGCAGCAUGAAGCUCGACAACCGGCCCAAGAAGCUGCUCCUCAAGGGCGUAUCUGCCAACAACGUCCAGGCCGUUCGCGACUGGUACGAGCUGUCAGGCCAGGUGGACUCGGUGGAGACGGGCGAGAGCGACGAAGUCGUUGUGGCGUUCAAGACGCGUGCUGCGGCCGAGCAGGCGCUCGCCAAGGGCCAGGACGUGCCCAGCGUCGGACAGGUGCAGAUCUCGUGGCACGCAACGGCCCCGCCGCCGAGUGGCGCCAUCAAACCGCAGCAACAACAGCAGCAGCAACGGGUGUCUAAAGAUAAGACGUCGUCAACGAACGACACGCAGCAUGAUGGGGCACACGAGGAGGGGCAUGACGCAUCGCAUAAUGAUCGUAAUGACGAGGAGGUCGUCGCGAGCGGAUGGGGCGCCGAAGGCGACGACGGGAUGGGGAUGAUGUAAUAUAUUAUUCUUCCUUGUAUUGUUUGUUUGUUUUCUUUCGCUUUUCGUUCAUGAACCAAACGGAGCUCAAGAUCCCUACGGGGCAGCACGAUGCCCUCGAGGCACGAUGCUUUAAAAAGUUU